AAACGAGAGGCCGCAAGCGAACGAGGGCCGCGGCAUCGGCAGACUCCAGAAGUUUGAGAUUCGGCCGCGCGCGGACUUGUGCGCCCGGACUCUUCGCUGCACCAGCACCAGCACCAGCAGAAAGGAGCAAGGGCUGCCUGGCCGCGGCGCGCCGGCUUUGUCAUGAUGGCCAGCUACCCCGAGCCCGAGGACGCCACGGGGUCUCUGCUGGCCCCGGAGACCGGCCGCGCAGCCAAAGAGCCCGAGGCGCCGCCACCGCCGAGCCCCAGCAAGGGCGGUGGCGGCGCCGGGACAGCCCUGGAGAAGCCCGACCCGGCGCAGAAGCCCCCAUACUCGUACGUGGCGCUUAUCGCCAUGGCGAUCCGCGAGAGCGCCGAAAAGAGGCUCACGUUGUCUGGCAUCUACCAGUACAUUAUCGCCAAGUUUCCGUUCUACGAGAAGAACAAGAAGGGCUGGCAGAAUAGCAUCCGCCACAACCUCAGUCUCAACGAGUGCUUUAUCAAGGUGCCGCGCGAGGGCGGCGGCGAGCGCAAGGGCAACUACUGGACGCUGGACCCGGCCUGCGAGGACAUGUUCGAGAAGGGCAACUACCGGCGCCGCCGCCGCAUGAAGCGGCCCUUCCGGCCGCCGCCCGCGCACUUCCAGCCGGGCAAGGGGCUCUUUGGGGCCGGAGGCGCCGCGGGUGGCUGCGGCGUGGCCGGUGCGGGGGCCGACGGCUACGGCUACCUGGCGCCCCCCAAGUACCUGCAGUCCGGUUUUCUCAACAACUCUUGGCCGCUACCGCAGCCGCCCUCGCCCAUGCCCUACGCCUCCUGCCAGAUGGCGGCAGCCGCAGCGGCGGCCGCAGCGGCAGCGGCCGCCGCGGGCCCGGGCAGUCCAGGCGCGGCCGCGGUGGUCAAGGGGCUGGCGGGCCCGGCCCCCUCGUACGGGCCGUAUUCACGCGUGCAGAGCAUGGCGCUGCCUCCGGGCGUAGUGAACUCUUACAACGGCCUGGGAGGCCCGCCGGCCGCGCCCCCGCCGCCACCGCACCCCCACUCACACCCGCACGCACACCAUUUACACGCUGCCGCUGCACCCCCGCCAGCCCCACCGCACCACGGGGCCGCCGCACCGCCCCCAGGCCAGCUCAGCCCUGCCAGCCCAGCUACCGCCGCGCCCCCGGCGCCCGCGCCCACCAACGCGCCCGGCCUGCAGUUCGCCUGCGCCCGGCAGCCCGAGCUCGCCAUGAUGCAUUGCUCUUACUGGGACCACGACAGCAAGACCGGUGCGCUGCACUCGCGCCUUGAUCUCUGA